AUAUGUCCGCUCUUCGAUUCCCGACGGCCCUUUCAAUAGAUUCUCUCUGCAUUUGUCUCUCUCUCUCCUCUGCAGGUUUGCUUCUGGUGCCGCUGAGAUCGCAUCAAUGGUAACAGAAGGGAACUUGAAUUUGAACACACAGCCUGUCUUGACUGCACCUUUGUCUCUCGAAUCCGAUGAUUCCUCCUCGGAUUCGAAUUACAGAGCUCCAAACGUUGUCAAGCGUGUCCUUAGCCUUCUCAACAAUGCUCGUACUGGAUCCGACUUGACUCGCCUCCAGCUUCCUCCAUUGUUCAACAUCCCGAAGUCCCAGCUCCAAUGCUACGGCGAAUCGGUAUACUCCGUCAACACGGACGUGUUGUCCAAAUGCUCCCAUGAGGAAACGCCCCUCGCCCGAUUCAUAUCCGUUGUCGCGUGGAGCAUCUCCACCGUUCGCCCCCUUGCCUUCGGCUUGGCCCCUUACAACCCCGUCCUCGGCGAGACUCAUCAUGUCUCUCGCGGCACGCUUAAUGUCCUUCUCGAACAGGUUUCGCAUCAUCCGCCGGUGACGGCGCUCCAAGCGACGGAUAAGAAACACAACAUCGAAAUGCUCUGGUGUCACUCCCCCUUGCCGAAGUUUUACGGCACCCACAUUGAAACGGAGGUGCACGGCAGCCGGCAAUUAAAGCUCCUCGACCAGAACGAAACGUACACGAUGAACUCCCCCAAGCUCGUCAUCAGACUCUUCCCGAUCCCCCGCGUCGAAUGGAUGGGGAACGUGCGAGUCCAUUGCCAAGAAACCGGCCUCGAAGCCGAUCUCUCCUACCGAGGGAACUCAUUCUUCCCGCGCCCGUCGAUGCACCGAUCGAUCAAAGGCACGAUCUUCCUCUCGUCAACAUCCGAGGCUCUGUGCGAAAUCAACGGCCAUUGGGACAGGACUGUCGCAGUAAAGAGCGUUGCGACGGGAGAGACAUCGAUCAUCUACAACGCAAAGGAAGCUCUGGCGGGGCUAAAAGCUCCGGUAGUCGACGAUCCAAAGGCGAUUUCGUCGAACGAGUCGACGGUCGUGUGGGGCAAAGUGAGCGAGGCGAUACUGCAAAAAGCGUGGGACAAAGCCCGGGAAGCCAAGAGUCGGGUCGAGGAAUGGCAGAGGCAGAUGGCUGUGGAAAGAUCGUCGAGCAGGCAAGAAUGGGCUCCGAAGCACUUUAUGGUGUCCCGAAGCGCGGAAACCGGGUGGGACUGCUCGCCGAAGAACAAUGCCGUUCCUCCGGCGCCCAUUCGCGCGCCCGACCGGUGAAGAUCAUUGAUCGAAAAGACGGUAAGUUUAUUGCAUCAUUCUACAUCUGUAAGCAUUCUUGUUCUUGUUCUUUGUGUAUAUUUAUGUGAGGAUACAUGAUGUUGAGGUGUUUUAAGGUAAUCAAUUCACAACACACAUACACGAACUCGUAAUAAAUAUUACAAGACGGUACGCGCUGUAAGGGGUGGCUGAGUUGGUAUGGUAUGAUGGCUCGGUAACCGUAAGGUUACUGAUUCUUUUACCUACCGAUAUUUUUUUGGUCAAAUUUGUCACACUUGGUUUGACUAGUGUGAUUUACCUGACUGGUAUCGUCUUGAAUAAACUUAUAAUAAAUAUUACAAGAUAGUAUGCCUGUUUAAGGAGUGAUUGAGUUGGUACGGUAUGAUGGCUUGAUAACCGUAAAGUUAUUGAUUUGAAUUCUACCGACCGAUGGUUUUUUGGUCAAAUUUGUCACAAUUGCUCUAGCUAGUGUGACUUACCUGAC